AUGGCCGUGUCCGAGGCCUUCGCUUUGCCGGCCGCGGCCUCGAAGGCUCCUCCAAGACAAUUGCAGCCAAGGCCGUUUGCAAGCACCUCCGCUGUGCCAGUGAGCAUAUGUAGGUCUAAAACCACUCAUCGAGAGGCUGCGGCUGGUUCAGAGAGAGCUUCAGGUGCCUUCCCGAUGAAGGGACCUGCUUUGGGAUCAGCAGCGGUUCUUGGCUUGCGCCGAGUGUUCGGACACCGGUGCAGGCAGCCAGUGCAGCGUUCACAGUCUCCGUUCGCAGAGAUUGCAAUUGCCGCUGCCCUGUAUGGAACAUUACGUGCUGCAGCGCAUGCGUGGGUUUCCGCCACCGACAGUUUUGCAUUGCGUGACGAGCUUUUUCAGGACAUGGCAGUUGCACACACAUACAAGAACUCGAUCCGACCAUGGCUUCAGUCGGGAGCCAUCGCUCUUAUCUCGAGUAUUUUCGUGGUGUUCGCAGUCAAGGAGUUUAUCAAGUCGAUGAAGGAGUGGGAGCAGCAGCAGGAGAUGAAAGAAAUGUCGGCAAUGGGAGAGGAUGCUCUGUUUCUGAUGUCCACUCCUGUCGAUGCAACGCCGCUUGAAAAGAAGAAAGACAGGAUGAGGAAACGUCUCACGCCACUUCCAAUGCGAAUCCUCGGUGGUCUUUUGGACAAAGUCUGGUUGCUGCGCGUUGGUGCGUGUGUCGGGUACUUGCUUCCCUUCCUGAACGCAUUGGACUUCGGUGAGAUCUCCAUCUCGCUGUAUCCGUAUGCCGUAGGAGUUCCACCAUGUGAGCCACUUGUCAACUUCAUGCAGCACACCUUGAAAAUGCGAUAUUUGUACAAUGCAUACUUGAAGUCAGGGUACUACUUCCUCAUCGUAUGGUUCUUGUUCAUUCAGCUAGCAGUGAGAAACAAGGCUGCCCCAUUCUAUGUGCGCUUCCACUCCUCGCAGGCGAUUUUGAUAUCCAUGCUUCUUGGAGUUCCACAGCAGGUUUUCUUCGCUGUGCUGAAUCCCUGGGAGUCUGGUCUUUGGGUGCAGACGUUUAUGUACCAUAGCAUGGUAUCGAUCUUUCUCUUCAUCGUGUGUCUCCUUCUUUGGUGCUGUCUAAAUGCACUAAUGAAGCGGCAGAUGACCAUGCCAUUGGUCUCCGAGGCUGCCGUGAUGUGGGCGGGGAAAGAGUGA